ACGCAAAUCAAGCGAAACAAAUCUCCUGACAGGAGAAAAGUUCAUGCUGGAGUUUCUAAAGACCCCCGAAGGCCUUAUGAAGUCCAAGCUGAACAUGGAGAGUUUGACCAAGCCGGAGUUGCUGAUGCUUUUCAGCAUUCUGGAAGGAGAGCUGGAGGCCCGGGACAUGGUCAUUGAUGCCCUCAAGGCCCAGCGUAAAGAGCUGUUCAUCCAGGAGCGCUACAGCAGGUACAACCUCAGCGACCCCUUCCAGGCCUUGCAGAGGGACAGCGAGGCCGUCGGGGACCAGAACAAGGACCCGGGCUGUUCCUCCUCGACCUCCAACCCGCUGGUGGUUCUCAAACUGGUGGUGAGCCACUGCAGGAGGAUGCAGGAGAAGAUGUUGGCCCAGCUGGCUGCAGCGGAAAGCAGGCACAGAAGGGUCAUUGCAGAUCUGGAGGAGGAAAAGAGGAGGCAUGCUGAGGACACAGCAGAGGGAGAUGAUGUCACUUACAUCCUGGAGAAGGAGAGGGAGCGCUUACAACAACAGCUGGAGUUUGAGCGCAGCCAAGUCCGGCGGUUGGAAAAAGAACAGCGGCGGAUUACGGACCAGCUAGAAGAAGAACGGGCUCAACACAAACAGCUCUCCUGCGCUUUGGCCAAAGAGUGCAAGUGGGCAAGCGCCAGGGCUCUGGAGGAGGGGCAUCGGCUGACCGAGCUGAGCCGUAAACUUGACAAGGAGAAGGAGGCUUGUCAGGCCCUGAGAGACGAGUUGGAGGACGAGAGGAGGAGAGCCCUGAGAAUGGAGGCGAGGGUGGAGGAGCAGCUGGCUGAGUUCGACACCGAGCGAGAGCAGCUCCGCUCACGUUUGAGGAAGGAGGACGCUCACUGCUGUCAGCUGCAACAACAGGUCGAAGAGCUGAAGAGGACGCUGGAGGAGGUGAACAUGAUGAGAGAUGUUAGGGAGGCCGUUACAGCUCCAGUAGAGGCAGAAGGACACGAGUGGGCCACAAAGGUUCCUCCAGGAAAGACGGCGGUAGACGCUAUGACAGCGGACAACGCUAUGACAGCGGACGACAUUGAGGAAGACAACGAUCACCGCUGUCGGAUGGAGACCGACGGGUACCACGGCCCAAACGACGCCCUCUCAGAUAACAUCUGUGUACAGAACGGGGUUGAAAAUUCUCAAAUCCAUCAGACCCAGGCAUCGGUCUCCUCCUGCAGUGCCGCCCCCUCCACUUUCCCUCCUUCCUCCCCCUGCUCCUCGCCUGUCCUUGCCAAACACCCACCAGGCAGCCCCAGCCCUGGUAGCUACCAGUCUCCCUACCAGGCCGGCAUCAACCAGCGUUUCCACGCUGCUCGUCACAAGUUCCAGGGUACUGCCGACCCAGAGCCUCCGGCCCAGGCCCCACAGCCUGCACUCCCCCUCUCGCCAAAGGACAUCUCCCCUGUGACCAGCAGCUCCUCCCUUGAAGCCAGCCCGGUCAAGCAGAUGGCCCGGAGCACGGUCACUCAAGUCCUGUCCCGCUUCACCACCGCGCAGCAGAGCGCCGCGCCCAAGCUCGCAGCACCAAACAAUUCACCCUUCGGCACGGACUACCGCAGCCUGGCAGCGCCCUUGUCUCCGGUCAUCGGGCGGGCAGCCGGAGCGCUUCCUCAGGGGAUCAGAUCACCCACCAUCUCCAGGGCAGACAGGGGCAACCCUCCCCCCAUCCCCCCAAAGAAGCCCGGUCUGGCACAGGCCCCUCCCUCCCCGGCCACACUGCCCAGGUCUGCCAGCCACUACUCCGACAGCCCCCUCUCGGGCAGCUGCGGCCUCACCUCCAGCCAAGAGGCAGUCAAAGAACUGGACAUGGUGGUUUCUUCCAACUAAACUGAUCAUGUGAUUCAUCAAGAAUUUAGACAGCUGCUGCUCUGCUUGUGACACGAGGGUUUUAUCCACAUCUCGUAAUUGUGAUUGUUGAGAUAUUGUUUUGAACAUGACAGGAUUAAUAUCCUAUGCUUUUUGAACAGAGGUCCCUUCAAACACUGUUACAAUUGUAUUUAUUCUUUUUUUCUUCUUUUAUGCGCUGAGGCACUACUUCAUGUAGUGGUUAAAGGGCUGGACUUCCACGUGGUAGUUUGUAUUUCAAAUGUGCCAAUACUGUAUGUUUGGCACACCGUAACUAUUACAAUAAGUCUUUUUUAUGGCGUCAUACUUCCAAAGAAUGAAAAUCUGUUUAUCACCAAAAGGUAUUGUUUUUAUAUGUAUGUUGCUUAUUAUUAAAACAAAUCCUUAAAUCUUCAGACCAAAUCUAACAAGUAGUCCUUGGACCAGUGUGUUACAAUGUAUAGCUCAUGUACUUAGUUGUCUUUUUUAUACAAAUGUAUAGAGUAUUUUAUUAAUGUUCCCCUUAUUAUUAAUAGUUUAACAGAUAAUCUAAUAAGUGUUGUACUGAGCUUUGAUCAUGUAUUACUUUAAUGUGCAGUUAUCUUAAAGGCUCAAAUUAUAUGCAGGCACCAUCAUAUUUUGUUUAAGAGUAGUGAUUCUGAAGAAUGCCUUUGUCAUUCAUAAGGAAUCAUUAUAAAACACGUUGUUAUAGUCAACCAUGAUUGAUUCAUACUGUAUCAU